AUGCGGGGUGUCUGGUCGGAGGGCGAGGCGCGGGGUGCUGGGCGCGGGGGCGGGUCGCGAAGGCGCGUGGCGCGGUUCCAAGGGGCAUGGGACCCAAGGCUCGGGGACCCACGGCACCGUGACAACAGAGCGCGUGCGCGUAAACAGCACGAGGAGUCGGAGGAGGAGGAGGACAUCGACCCGACGGGCGAGGCGGGGCUCGGGCCUGAGCCGGGGCCUGGGCCUGGGCCGGGGCCUGGGCCGGGGCCUGGGCCGGGGGCGCUGCCGGGCGAGGACGCGGGCGAGGCUGCUCCGCCGCCGAGGCGCGACUCGCCGCGCCGCCGCCGCGCGGCCCACGCGCGCUUGUGCACGCCGCCGCCGCGCCGCCGCCUCCGCGCCGCGCGCCGCCCCGCCGCCGCCGGGGGCAAGGGCCGCAAGCCCCGCCGCCGCCGCACCGCCUUCACGCACGCGCAGCUCGCCUACCUGGAGCGCAAGUUCCGCUGCCAGAAGUACCUGUCCGUGGCGGACCGCAGCGACGUGGCCGAUGCGCUCAACCUGUCGGAGACGCAGGUGAAGACGUGGUACCAGAACAGGAGGACGAAGUGGAAGCGGCAGAACCAGCUGCGCCUGGAGCAGCUGCGGCAGCAGGCGUCCGUGGAGAAGGAGCUGCUGGGGCGCGCGCACGCGGCCCACGCCGCCCACGCGGCACACGCGGCGGCGCGCGCGCGCGGGCGCGGCUGCGGGGCGGGCCGCCGGGCCAGACGCGCCGCGCGUGCUGCUCGCCCUUCGCCGCGCCGCCCCGCCCCCCGGCGCCCGCCCGCCGCCGCGGCCGGCGCCGCCGCCUCCGCCUGCUCCUUCCUCAGCAACCGCCGCCGCCAUCUUCCGCAACGUCACCUACUGCACGGCUGCCAGCUGUAG